AAAUGCCCUCAGGCAAACCUUCUUCUGUCUUCCCUUUACAUCCCAAACCUACACCAUUAAAACCUUCUAGCAGCACCAGCAGCAGCAACAACAACAGCACAAACCAAGCCUGCGCCGCCUGCAAAUACCAACGCAGGAAAUGCGCUCCCGAUUGUCUUCUUGCUCCUUAUUUCCCUCACGACCGUCACCGCCAAUUCCUUAACGCGCAUAAGCUCUUUGGAGUCAGCAACAUCACCAAGAUCAUUAAAUCCCUUACCCCUCCAGAGAAAGACGCAGCUAUGCAUACAAUCAUGUUUCAGUCCGAUGCUCGUGCCAAUGAUCCCGUUGAUGGAUGCUAUGGCAUCAUAAAAAAGCUUCAAUACCAGAUCGAAUACACAAGAAACGAAUUGGAGAUUGUUCUUCAGCAAUUGGCUAUGUUCCGUGACCGUGCUCAUCAACAUCAUCAUCAAGAACCGCAUAUCCAGAUGCAAGAACAAGAGGAUCUCUCGAGUUUUUCGAGUUCUUGUGAUCUAAACAACAACAAUUCGAUUCCUUACAAUUACCCUCUGAAUCACAUUCAAGAACCAAAUCAACAACAAUAUUGUUCUUCCGGUAAUAACUUCAGUGGGUUACAAGAAGACAUGUGGUGUCUUCAACUUCAAGAUUCAUCAACGAUAGUGAAUAUGAAGGCUGGUUUCAUUGAUGAAUGUGAAGACGUAAAGCCUGUAGAAGAGGUUUCUAGCGAACGACACGAGUUUGAGCCUCAUGAAGCUUUCGUUGAACAACGGAAACUCGACUUGCCUUCCGCACAAUACAUCAUUUCUUCUUAGCUUUUUUUCUUCUUCUUCGUUCAUACAGUUUUUUUUUGUUUAUCAGCUUACAUUUUCUUGAACCGUAGCUUUCGUUUUCUUCUUUUUAACUUUCCAUUCGGAGUUUUUGUAUCUUGUUUCAUAGUUUGUCCCAGGAUUAGAAUGAUUAGGCAUCGAACCUUCAAGAAUUUGAUUGAAUAAAACAUCUUCAUUCUUAAGAUAUGAAGAUAAUCUUCAAAAGGCCCCUGGGAAUCUGAAAGAAGAGAAGCAGGCCCAUUUAUAUGGGAAAGAACAAUAGUAUUUCUUAUAUAGGCCCAUUUAAGUU